CUGUCAGACAGAAGCUGUGCAGCUCUGGCCUCAGUUCUUAGCUCCCAGUCCUCUAGUCUGAGAGAGCUGGACCUGAGUAACAACGAUCUGCAGGAUUCAGGAGUGAAGCUGCUCUCUGCUGGACUGGAGAGUCCACCCUGCAGACUGGAGACUCUCAGGCUGUCAGGCUGUCUGCUCACACAGGAAGGCUGUGCUUCUCUGGCCUCAGCUCUGAGCUCCAACCCCUCCCAUCUGAGAGAACUGGACCUGAGCUACAAUCAUCCAGGAGACUCAGGAGUGAAGCUGCUCUCUGCUGGAGUGGAGGUUCCAACCUGGAGACUGGAGGCUCUCAGGGUGGACCAUGGUGGAGAGCAGAGGUUGAAACCAGGCCUGAGGAAGUAUUCCUGUGAACUCAAACUGGACACAAACACAGCAAACAGAAACCUCGUCCUGUCUGAGGACAACAGGAAGGUGACAGGAGUGAAGCAGAAGCAGCCAUAUCCUGAUCACCCAGAGAGGUUUGAGCACUGGGAACAGAUCCUGUGUAGAGAUGGUCUGACUGGUCGCUGCUACUGGGAGGUCAAGAGGGAAGGAUGGGUUUAUAUAGCAGUGACUUACAGAGGAAUCAGCAGGAAAGGAGGCAGUGAUGCCUGUGGUCUUGGAUGUAAUGAAAACUCCUGGAGUCUGACCUGCACUGAUGGAAGUUUCACUGCCAGACACAAUAACAGAGACACAGUCAUCCCUGCUCCCCCCUCCUCUAACAGAGUGGCAGUGUAUCUGGACUGGCCUGCUGGCUCUCUGUCCUUCUACAGCAUCUCCUCUGACACACUGAUCCACCUCCACACCUUCAGCAGCACCUUCACUCAGCCUCUGUACCCAGGCUUUUGGGUUGGGUUUGGUUCCUCAGUGUCUCUGUGUCAGAUCUGAGGAGUGAGAGUUGCGUCUUCACACUGCUGAUCAGAGACAGCUGCUGACAUGACAGUUCACUGCAAAGGCAUUUUCAUAAAUUUAUUGAACUAUUUACAAGCAGAAAAAUCCUCAGGAACAAUCAGAAUCAGAAUCAGAAAUACUUUAUUGAUCCCUGAGGGGAAACUGGGUCA